CUUGUGCCUUCACGGGUUUGCUUGCUUGACUGUGUGCAGGUAGUGCAUGACCCGUAGACAAUCGGGAGGUUUACUGCCGUUGGAUCCGGAGCUUGAAUGCACCUGUCGCCAACUCAUGAGACAAUAGCGAGCUAGACUGGCUAUGGAGGAGCGCAUAGACGGCCACUUGAGCAGCGAUUCUGAGGUAGAGUACGAGAUGAAAGGCGAACACAACCCACACCAGGGGAAUCCUCUCCAGGUUCCCCCGGUGAAUCAGAUCUUGGGGAACAACCCCAUACCCCAGGCAGAUGGGGUUCAUCAUCAUCCACCGCUGCCGGGUCCCACCUUGGAGUACUACUACACUCCACGGGUUGCUGAUAUCCGCCCUGUCAUCCUCUACCCGCCCAUUCCAGUGAACAACUUGGAGAUCAAGCCAUGCUGGAUUCAACUCAUUACAUCAUCUGUCCAGUUCCUGUUGACGGCUUCGAGCGCGAGAAGCCUGCACUUGAUGAAGAAUUCACUCUUCUUCUCGACCUGAAAAACCUAAAUCGACUUUGGCCAAGUACAGGUGAAAGGCAACAAAGAGUGGCAGUGAAAAUAUCAAAACAAAGAGAUCAAGCAAUAUAAUUUGGAUCGAGCUAUCUUUGUAACUGGGCUAGAAGCCUCAAGCCCAAUCAAUUAAUUCCUCUGAUCCAAGAGUGAUGAACAGCCGAGUUGCUCUACCCAAAACUGUGCGUUUCAGGACUGAACCUUCCCCUCCUUCCUCGUGUACCUUUUAGACCGAUCCCCUUUUACAAAUAAACACUCAACCAAGCA